UACUGAAAGCAGGAAAAGCAGGGUGCACACUUUACGAGGUACCAGCCUCCCGAGGGACCGUGGGCAGGUUUGGGUGCCAUCCCCGGUGACAGAUGGAUGGACCUUUCAUCUGAGAAAGGAGAAGACAUGCUGGCAGAUCAACCUCAAACCCAAGAUUGCUUGUGAAGCAAUCGUAAAGGGGAAAACACACACACACAAGCUUGUGAGGCAAGAAGAUCAAAAAGCCAAGAAGGGCGUGAAUUGAGGCAGACUCCCUGCUUCAGCAGCUACUCACCCAAACCAGAAGCAAAAUGUCCCUGAAGUUGCCAAGAAACUGGGAUUUCAACCUGCGAGGGGAGGCUGGGAAAAUAGCUCGGUCAAGGAGCGUGAUGACCGGAGAGAAGAUGGCGACCUUUCACCCCGCAUCCGCCCCCAACCCACUGGAAAGACCCAUCAAGAUGGGCUGGCUGAAGAAGCAGAGGUCCAUCGUGAAAAACUGGCAGCAGAGGUACUUCGUGCUGAGGGCACAGCAGCUCUAUUACUACAAGGACGAGGAGGACGUGAAGCCACAGGGUUGCAUAUAUCUACCAGGGAGUACAAUCAAGGAGAUCGCCACAAACCCAGAAGAAGCGGGGAAGUUUGUCUUUGAAGUCAUUCCAGCGGUGUUCGGCCAGCGCUUGGAUGAGACCGUGGCCUAUGAGCAGAAAUUCGGCCCCCACCUGGUGCCCAUCCUGGUGGAGAAGUGUGCCGAGUUCAUCCUGGAGCACGGCCUGAAUGAAGAGGGCAUCUUCCGACUGCCUGGGCAGGACAACCUGGUGAAGCAGCUGAGAGAUGCUUUUGACGCGGGGGAGCGGCCCUCCUUUGACAGAGAUACAGAUGUGCACACGGUAGCCUCCCUGCUGAAGCUCUACCUCCGAGACCUCCCAGAGCCAGUGGUUCCCUGGAGCCAGUAUGAGGGGUUUCUGCUCUGCGGGCAGCUCAUGAAUGCAGAUGAGGCAAAGGCUCAGCAGGAGUUGAUGAAGCAGCUCUCCAUCGUUCCUCGAGACAACUAUAGUCUCUUAAGCUACAUCUGCAGGUUUCUCCAUGAAAUCCAGCUGAACUGUGGAGUUAACAAGAUGAGUGUGGAAAAUCUGGCUACUGUGAUUGGUGUGAAUCUCAUCAGGUCGAAGGUCGAAGACCCUGCUGUGAUCAUGAGAGGGACUCCUCAAAUCCAAAGAGUGAUGACCAUGAUGAUCAGAGACCACGAAGUCCUCUUUCCCAAGUCCAAGGAUGCACCCUUGUCACCCCCUGCCCCAAAAAAUGACCCCAAGAAACCUCCAGUGGCGCGAAGCUCUGUGGGCUGGGAUGCCACUGAGGACCCUCCAAUUUCUAGAACAGACAGCGUCAGUAACAUGGCCAGCGACUCAGAUGCAACCAGCCCCACUGGACAACGGCCAAGUGAUGGGUGUCUAGAAGACAAAGCAUCCAGGGAAAAGCCAGGAGAUUGGAAGCUGCAGUCACGAAAAAGGACUCAGACGCUCCCUAACCGGAAAUGCUUCUUGACAUCAGCUUUGCAAGGUGCCAACAGCUGCAAAGUAGAGAUCUUUAAAAAUGAGUUCUGGUCAUCUCCUUUGGAGGGGAAGGCAGGGGACGGGCACAGGAGAACGAUGUCUCAAGGUGUGCCACAGUUUUUUGACUCCCAGCGGACUUCCACCUAUGAUAAUGUCCCCACCCAGCCGGGGUCCCCUGGGGAUGAAGCCGGUACACUAUCAUCCCAGGCCUGUGACUCCAAGAGAGAUGCUCUUGCCAGCCUAAACUCUGAAACCGGGCCUGGGAAAAAGAACUCCGGAGAAGAGGAACUUGAAUCUUUGCAGAGGAUGGUCCAGGAGCUGCAAAAGGAAAUAGAAAUACAGAAGCAAAUGUAUGAGGAACAGAUUGAAAACCUUGAGACGGAAAAUUAUGAUGUGUGGGCUAAGGUGGUGAGGCUCAGUGAAGAACUGGAGAAGGAGAAGAAGAAGUCUGCAGCCUUGGAAAUCAGCCUCCGCAACGUGGAGCGCUCCCGGGAGGAUGUGGAGAGGAGGAACAAGGCCUUGGAAGAGGAUGUCAAGGAAUUUGUCAAAUCGAUGAAGGAGCCCAAGACCGAUGCUUGAGGGUCCCAGGAGCACCACAGAGACAGCCUGCAGAGACCCAGCAAUGCUCCCUUUCUCGCUGCUAGCUGAUGACCAGGAAGCAACAUUCCUACCUAAGAAGGAGAGGACAUUUUCGGGGGGGAAACAUCACACUUCCCAGUAAAUAAAUCAGUGGAGUUUGCUGGAGGAUAAGGGUGAGCUGGGACUUGUGUGGACAUGUCUGAGCCCCGGGGCUGUAUUCAAAGGGAUUGCAUUACUCCACCGUGGUCUCAGGCCGAGUGAAGCGGCACCUCCCGUGGCUGAAUGGAGACUCUGAUGCAGGCCACAUCCCAGGACCCAGGCAACAGGCUGACACCAACAGAGGCUGGACUGAGAAGUUGGUUCUUUGUUUCCUGUGUGGAACAUUUCACCUAGUCAGACGACCUCCGGGUGUCUCUGAGACACAGGGGCCAAAAAUGAUAUUCAGCUUUUGAUUUCUCAGCCAUGGUGGGCUGUGUUUUGAGGGGUUGCACCUACUGAAGCCAGGGCCCCAUUCUGCCACCGCCCCCCCUGUGAUGCAGACUCUCCAGGGCUGCCAACUUGACAUUAGUAUUAGGCAAAGACAAAACAAGCAGUAAACUGGAUUUAUGAAAGCAAAAGCGAUUAGAAAAUUAGAUUCAAAUAAAAAAAAAAAAAAGUAGGGCUAUUGGUAAUCCAUACAACACCAUGAUGAGAGUAAAAGUCUCCCCUGCCUGGGGACAGAUGCACCCCUCUCUGGGCACAUGGCUUGAUGAGCAGAUCAUGGGCCGCAUUCCAAUCCCACUUGCCUUUCAGAGGCCACGAUUGCAUAGGGCAGGCCCACUAUGAUGCAGCUUCCUUAGAUGCUAGUUGGGUGUUUAGAUAGUAACAGUCGUGAUAAUAAUAUUUCUCCUGUUUCCCCAAAAUGCAAGUGAUUUUACCCUUUAAAGGGACCUGUGGCACUAGAGAAGAGCUGGGAGAGGGCUUUCCCAGCUGACAGCUGACUUUUCCUUCUACAUUAAGCCACCCUGGCCAAGGCCCCUGGUGAGGCCCCAGGCCUUGAUAGGUAGGAUGGUGGAGUCUUUAGUGAUUUUUGUCAUCAUUCUAGUUAGGUGGUCUCCAAGCUCUUUUGACCAUGUACCCCAUCAAUAGAAAAUAUUUGAACAUACAUUCCUCAAUAUAGGUAUAUUUAUUUAUUUAUAAAUUAUACACACGUACUACUGUAUUGUUAUAUCACAAAACAUACACAGGACAAAAAUUGAAUAAUGAUGAGAUAAAAACAAAUAUAAGUAGAUAUUCUCAAAUGUGCUUUUAGCUCUGGAAACUCCUGGCCCAAUUUCCCAGCAGGUAUUACCUGUACUAAUGUUACAUAGUUCAUCCCAUUACUCCCAUAAUUUUCUUGAACUCUUGAAGCCACGUGGCUGAAUUAGUGGUUUGGAAUCUCUGGUUACACAGUGAGAGUUUAGCCUUCCACAGCAUCUGUGUCUCCUCCUUUAUUCCUUUCUCUCCUAUCAUUUUCUCCCUUUUUCUCCUCCUCUCUGUGUUUUCUUGACUCUGGUUAUUCCCCACUGCCUGUGGCCAUGACAUAUUACUCACAGAGUGAAAGGGAUGGACAGGGGGUCGGUGUUUCUCAGUCCUGCUACCCAGGCCCUGCUCUGCCCACCUCUAGCACCCCAAGGACCAGACUGACAGAGGAUAAGGAUGGCACCUAGAGCUCCUCGUAGAGACUUGCUUACAGCAGAUUGGGGGCUGGGAGACUGAUUUGGAACAUUAUUAAGUAAAGCAAUAAAAUAUUUGAUUUCCUGGAGUUGAUUUGUUUUUCAGUUACAGAGUAGCAAACAUAGAAACACUUCCUGAACACCUAAUGUCCACUGAUGAGUGUCUAUAGUUCUGCCAGACGUGUGCCAUGUUCUCCCAUGGGUUCCUGGCACGGACCCUUUGAAUGCUAAUAUAGACUUGAGUAUGGAAGUAGUCGGCUUCACAGUUCCAAAGGGAACAUUUGUUUCAAGGAGCAAAGAGGAAGCCCUGAAGCCUGUUUGCUUGGGGGUCCACGUUAUAGGACCUUGCUGGGUCUCAGGCUGGCUGGAAGGCCCAUGUUUGAAUCCCAAGCCCCUCCUGGUCAGGUGAUACCUCUCAUUCCACACCUUUUGCCAGAACUGCAAGAUCACAGAGCGGCAGGUCCAGCAUCAGAAGCCAGAACGUCAAGUCUUCUUCACAAUCGAGAGGGGACCUGGUUUGCCUAAGCUGCUCCUGUGCCACCCUCCAUAUGAGGAGAACACAAGAAAGAGUUCCUCCAGGACCCCAGGCCCUCGUGAGUCCAAGGAAGGGCCAGGGAAGAAGAUCUGGGGUCUGAGGCCACACUGUCCUCAGUGCCCCAAAAGACCACCUAUGCUAUGCAUGGCAAUGUAGCUCCAGGCCUCACCUGGACCUGGGAGCCAGUUCCUGGAAGGCA